CGGACCUCACGGAAAAUUCCUCUAGACCCUCUACACUAUUAUUAUUAUUUCCUUUGUCUGUUGUUAUUAUUAUUUAUUUUAUUUUAUUUAACUUAGAGGUUAAUAAUGAUGUAAUAAUAUAUAUCAUUCCGGCUUUAUCAAACGCACGUGUAUUAAACUGAAUGUGAUAUGUGAUAUACAUGUUUAAAUAUAACUAUACACAUAUAUAUAUAAAUAGUAAACAUAUAUGUAAUUUAAUACUCGUUAUUUAUCAUUUAAAUCAGAGCUUAUUAUCUUGAAAUUCGUUUAUUAAAAACAUAUAUUUAUAUUUAUAUAUCUAUAUCUAUAUCUACGAUUUGUAUAAUUUAUAAACAUUACCUUAUGGAAGUUAAUAAAUAAAACUACAUCCUUAAGAUAAUAAUUAAAAUUGAGGAAAAAAAAGCUGUGACCAAAUAUAAAUUUUAAAAAUUUAUAAAUAAAAAUUUGAAUUUUUUAAUUUUUAAUUUGAAUAAGCGCGGGAAAAAGUAAAUUGUUAAAAUUUUAAAAAUGGUUAGAGAAAGUGUUGAUAGUGAAAUAAAAGCGUUAAAUGGUGGUGAAUUAAAAGAAAAUGAUAAAGUUCAAAUGAAAAAACAAUUAGGAUUGUUAGAGGGUGUUGCAAUUAUUUUAGGAAUUAUUUUUGGCUCUGGUAUUUUCAUAUCACCAAAAGGAGUAAUUCAAGAAGUCGGUAGCGUUGGAUUAUCAUUGAUAGUAUGGAUAUUAUGUGGAUUAUUAUCAAUGAUAGGUGCACUAUGUUAUGCUGAAUUAGGUACAAGUAUACCUCGAAGUGGUGGCGACUAUGCUUACAUUCAUGAGGCCUUCGGUGAACUACCAUCAUUUUUAUAUUUAUGGGCCGCUAAUUUAAUAUUUGUACCAACAACAAAUGCAAUAAUGGCCUUAACAUUUGCUGAAUAUGUACUGCAACCAUUUUUUCAAAAUUGUACAAUACCUGAUGAAAGUGUACGUUUAUUAGCUGCUUGUACGAUAUGUUUAUUGACUUUCAUAAAUUGUUAUGACGUUAAAGAAACUUCUAAAAUGCAAAAUAUUAUUAUGUUUGCUAAAAUAAGUGCAUUAGUUAUUAUUAUUAUUGCUGGAUUAACAUGGUUGUGCUUAGGACAUACUGAAAAUUAUGAAAAUGCCUUUGAAAAAACGACAAAAGAUCCCGGUAAAAUAGCAAUUGCAUUUUAUUCCGGUAUAUUUUCAUAUUCUGGAUGGAAUUAUUUAAAUUUUAUGACUGAAGAAUUAAAAGAUCCUUACAAAAAUUUACCACGUGCUAUUUAUAUAUCACUGCCAUUAGUAACAAUAAUAUACGCGCUAGCAAACGUUGCGUAUCUUGCAGUCCUUGAUCCGACGACAAUGAUCGCCUCAAGUGCUAUUGCUGUGACACUGGCAGAUAAACUAUUAGGUGUAAUGUCAUGGAUAAUGCCAGUAUUAGUAGCAACAUCAGCAUUUGGCGGUUUAAGUGUCCAUAUUAUGACAUCAUCACGUAUGUGUUUUGUCGGUGCACGUAAUGGACAUUUUCCAGCAAUGUUAAGUCAUAUUAAUGUAAAAAGAUUUUCACCAACACCUGCUUUAGUUUUCUUGUGUAUAUUGUCAUUGAUGAUGUUAUGUACAAGUGAUAUUUUCGUACUGAUAACAUACUGUAGUAUCGUCGAAUCAUUUUUCAUCAUGAUAUCAGUCGCGGGAAUUUUAUGGCUGAGGUACAAGCGCCCGACUAUGCCGCGACCUAUUAAGAUACCAAUUUGGGUGCCAAUAGUAUUUGUUAUCAUUUGUGCAUUUUUAGUAAUAGUACCGUGUCUAGAACGACCAAUUGAAGUUGGCAUGGGCGCACUGAUAACAUUAUCGGGUGUGCCGGCUUAUUUUGCUGGUAUUGUAUGGAAAAAUAAACCAUUAUGGUUUCUUAAAUUAAAUGAAAAAGCGACGCACACGGUACAAAAAUUAUUUAUGGCUGCCAGAGAGGAAAAAGACGAUUAAAAAUAAUUAGAUAAAUCAAUUAAAUAAAUUAUUUAUUUUUAAUAUUUUUUAAUCUCAAUUUUAUAACCGCGUGAUUUUUUUUUUUUUUGAUACUUUUAGUAAUUACCAAUUCGCUAAUUUUAUUUUUAUGCUACAAAACAUACGUUUUUAUAUACUGACAAUUUUAACAUUUUUUUAAAAUAACUGAAUUAACUGAUUUUUUAUUGCUACAAUAUUUAUUUUUAUUAUCCAUUAUAACCUUGUAUACAUUUUUUUAAAAUACAUAUUUUUUGUGUCAACUA